AUGCAAUCUAUGACGGCCACGAUAUUCCGGCGCAGCGGCGGGCUGCUGCCGAGUGCUCAAUCGACUUCUACUCUGUCCCACUGGCACCGUCGUCUCAGCACACUUGGUCGCCGAUUCACCACAGCACGCGCUGCCCACGCAUCGACUCCGACGUCGUCAGCCCUGUCAGCAAACGACUUUGCCGCCAUCACUCCGCUUCUUCUUCUGCGCCAAAUGCUGCAACAGCACACCCAGCUGGACGGUACCGACUUGGCUGCGCAGCUCCACCCCGGCGAACAACACAUCGUUAUUUCUCGCAUCAAGUUUUGCCAUUUCUGCGCUGCGUCGCAUGUCGAGGAUCCAGACGCCGCCCUGACAGAUUUAGAAGCGGCGGGCGUGGUGGUGGUGCUGGACGGCGGAAGCAUGGUUCAUCUGAGGCCUGUGCUCUACCUUGAAACUCUGGAAAUGAUCCGCAACGUGGCGAGGCCGUCAAGCAGCGGCAACAGGACGUCUGAGACGAACUCGAAGCUGUCAGUGGCGGUCAGCAGCUUCAUGCUAGAGGAAGCGGAGCGUCGUGUCGCGGUGCUGACCGAGAAGGAAAAGGCGAUGCGGAAGCGACUGCAGCCCGCCAUCGCGCGAGCAGCGCGCUGGCGCCGCACGGUAUGGGGUGGUGCACUGCUCUAUGCCGGCGCUCAGCUCGCCAUCAUAUCGCGUCUCACCUACUUUGACCUAGACUGGGACAUUAUGGAGCCAGUCUCGUACAUCCUUACGGCUACAAACGCGAUUUUCUUUUUUCUGUACUACCUGCGCUUCAACGAGGAGCACUCCUACAGCGCCUUUGAUCAGCGGUUCCUGCCUCGAAAAGUGCGCCAGUACGCUCCCAAAGACUUCGACUGGGCGGCGUAUGCGGACGUGUGCCAGCAGCUCGUUGAGGAGCGAGCGAUGCUGGACUCCAUCUUGAAGUGGAGUGCGAAACACUGA